AUGGUAUUCUCACUGCCGGUCAAACAGACUCACAAGACCGAUCUACUGAUGGCUAAAGGUGUCUUGGCCACGGUGCUGACCGUGCACGGUUGCUUCUGUCACUACCUGCACAAGGUGGCAAGGAGGAAACCGUCUCCGUCGUGGCACGAGUGCGGUGCAGCGGAUGACACCACGCAGCACACCCUAGAGGUGUGCAGCCGGUGGGUGGCAGAUAAGCAGCGUCGUACUCUGACGGGGACAAUAGGGCAGGACCUUUCGCUGAAGGGCGUGGUUGUCACCAUGCUCGAUAGCGAGGAGUCCUGUGAGGCGGUGGUCUCCUUUUGCGAAGAGAUUAUGCCGCAAAAGGAGGCUGCGGAGCGGGUGCGCGAGGUCGCGGCGGACGCACACCCGCUUCGGCGCAGACGUACGAGGAGAAGGCGAAGGCAACUGCUUUCUCUCGCUACUCGCCUGAUUCCCUAG